AUGGUCGGAGUAAAAAAUAUUAGCGAAAUGAUGCUGAAGCAAGGAGAGAUACACGUACACCACGGCAACGAGAGUGGCAAAACAAGGACAGGAAAGAAUAGUCGCAGGAUCCCGAAAAAUACACUGGACUAUCAGAAAUUUUUUGAAAGAUCCAAAAAUAUAACCGAAGUUACACAGGUUGAUGAAAAAACAUUUAAAGUUCAGAGCGAACGAACAUUAGAGUACUAUGUAGUUGGUCAUGUAAUUGGAUUUUGCACUUGUUUAAGUGGAAGUGGUGGCCACUUUUGCAAACACCUACUAGAAGUUGAAAAUAAGUACUGUAUUAUGUUUCAAUCUGCCCUGCUGCUAUCUGAAAAGGAUCGCCAACAGCUUACAUAUCUGGCUCUAGGAAAAGAAAUUCCACUGUCUUCCUUUGAAGACAUCAAUUCACCUGUUCAUGAAGGAUCAUCUAAUGAACACACAUCUGAUCAAACUACAUCUCAGCAAGCAGAGUUAGGAGCACCAUCACAAUUUAACAUUCCCAUUGACCAAAUAGGAGAACACCCAGCAGCAAUGCAACACGGCGGCCAGCUCCGGCUAGAGUAUCCUUUGUCUGCCGUCCUCCUAAGCAUCCUUGUUGCUGUAGCAGCGCCAUAA